AUGAAUUAAAGAAACACGUUUUCAAGAUCUUUUUGGAUAUGGAUUUCUCGAAGAGCUUCCAUAUCCAAGGAACUUUGGAAUGCCUCACUCCUCCUUUAAUUUUUGCUGCCCACUUACAUGAAUUUGACCAAUUUUUGAUAAUCCAAAAAGGGUCGGUGCGGGUGGAGCAUGGAAGGAAGAAAAUGCCAAAUGAAUCUAUCUUUGAUGCAAAAAAAAAAAAAAAAUCCAACUUUGAGAUGACACCUUACCUAAAUAACAGCAUGAAUUUGAUACUAAAUUUUGGAGGCAUUUGGUAAGUUUUAUAGUUGGUGCAAGACGUGACAACAUAACCCACACCAUGUUUAUCACAUUGACCUAAGGACCCAAAAGAUGCCUUUGGUCCCCUCCCUUCCCCAUCUUCUUUCAAAUUGUUUCCCAUGUAUAAAAAUGUCACUUUGAAACUUCUUGAAAUCCAAUCUUAAGUUCUUAAUCUUUCUAUGAUGAAAAGAGCAACAAUGGCUUCAUUCUCUGCAAAGCCUUCAAAGCGAUACAAUGUUCGAUCUAUUAGUUUGCCUGUUAGAUCACAUCCCAGCACACUCAGAACAGAAGAAGAGUUGAACAAGCUCAAGGCUUGGGAGGCAACAACAACAACAUCAGAAGCAAAAGCAGAUUCAAUAUGCAAGGGGCUAGGUGGGCUUAAAGACUUGUACAUUUGUAUUGAGGAUCUUCUUCAAUUGCCAAUGACACAACAGGCCCUAGCCCUGCAUCAAAAUGAGAGAUGGGUUGAAGAAUUGCUGGAUGGUUCUGUCAACUACUUGGAUGUGUGUUGCAACACAAGGGAUACCAUUUUGGCAAUGAAGGAGAGUGUUAGGGAUCUUCAAUCUGCGCUUCGGCGCAGAAAAGUUGGAGGAGAUUCAAGCCUUGAAGACAAUUUGAGUUCAUAUACAUGCAUAAGGAAAAAGACCAAGAAGGAAAUUCUGCAGCUUGUAGCAUCAUUGAAGCAAAUGGAUCACAAGCAUGAAGCCUUCCCUUUGGAUCUAGACAACCAUCUCGCCGCGGUGGUGAGGGUGCUCAGAGAGGCAAGUUUGAUCACCAGUUCUGUUUUCCAGUCACUUGUUUCUUUCCUCUCCACACCAGUUUUGAAGCCAAGGCCUAGCAGAUGGUCUCUCGUUUCAAUUUUGGUGCAGAAAGGGGUUUUGAAGUGUGAAAACAACCAACACAAAAGCAUGAACGAGCUGGAAAAUGUAGAUAUUGCAAUUGGCAACGUGCUUGUGAAUCAAGCAAGUGAAGAUAUUGAAGCUGAGAAGAUUCAAUCUGCACAGAGAAGAUUGAAGGUUUUGGAUUCAAGCAUGGAAGGCCUUGAAAAUGGUUUGGAGGGCUUAUUUAGGCUCUUGAUCCGCACCAGAGUUUCUCUCCUAAACAUACUUUCUCAUUGAGAUCAUCAUAUCCCCAUUGGUGGCAUGGGAUCCGAAUUUUAGAGGAUCUACAAAAAUAUAUUCUUCUUCACCAAUUUGGUAAAUGUGAAUUUUCAUGUGCUCGUGUAUAAAUGUAUAUAUAAUACAAGCUGAAUUGAAGUCUCAAUCUUUAUGGUUCUAGUGCUAGAAAGUUUUAAGAUGUAUUCCCAAAUCCAUGAGAAUCGAAACGUAUUCUUAAGAUUGUUUCGAUUUUAAUCCAAAUGUUACAAUUGCUCUGAAAAAAA